AUGUCUGAAUCAUCUCAAACCACAAAAUCUACCCGUUCCACUCGAUCAAAAGGAAAGGCUGAAGCAUCUAAGAUCAUCAAGGAUGCAGUUCCUAUUACCACGGUGCACACUAGCAACAUCAAAGUUCAAUCGAGUGUUGCUGAGAAGAAAGGAAAGGCUAAAUCAGUUGAGAAGAAGAGUAAAACUCCAAGAGUAAGUAAAGCUAUUUCUCCUUCUGUUGUUGAUAAAUCUGGAAAGGAAAGUUCUAAAAAGAAAAGGAGGGAUUAUAAGUCUAAAAUUCCUUAUACCAUGUCUGAGUUAGUUUUUGGGUGUCAAUCUAUUGUUAAAACAUCUGAGAAAACAUCUGAGAUAAUCGAAGGACAUGUUGCUGUGAAUGAAGCUGAUAUCACUUCUGAAAAUAUGCAAGCUGAUGAUACCCAAACAGAGGUUAUUCCUGAUCCUCCUACUAGAUCUUCAACCAUUGCUGAGAUUGUUGCUGAAAAAUCAACUCAAGAAGAUGUUGUGGAGAAAGAUGUUGAGACAACUGUCACAUUAUCUGAUUCAUUUUAUGAAGAGACGGAGUCUGAUGAAGAAAAAGCCACUGAUGCUGAAGAAGAUACUCAGUCUGAUGAAAGCAACCAAACCACUCCUGAUAGUCAAAAUGAACCUGAAAAAUCCUUGGAUGCUGAGAAAGGAAAAGAAGAUGUUGUGGUUGAUGUAGAGACAUAUGAGGCUACUAAGCUUACUGAAAGAGCUACUAGAGGUAUGACAAAGAGCAAGAAGAAAGAAAAUUUGAAGAGGAAGAAAGCAUCUUCAAGUGAUUCAGAGUAUGAUGUUGCAGAAGAUGUUCCAAACAUUACAUCUCCCUUAUCCAAAAUGAAGGCUACUGUGAAGAAGAGGAGACUUGCUGUUGAGAGGGAACUGACAAAAGAUGCCCUCAAAUGUCAAGUCAUCAUUCACCUUAUCAAGCAAGCAGGUCUGUUGAAAACUGUUGCUGACAUUAGUCCAUGCUAUGAACUCCUUGUCAAAGAAUUCCUUGUCAACAUUCCUCAGGAGUGUGAUAAUCCACUGAGCAAGGAUUAUCAAAAGGUGUUUGUUAGAGGUAAAUGUAUCGACUUUUCUCCUACUGUGAUCAAUAAUUAUCUAGGAAGAUCUGUUGAACCUAAGCCUGAACUAGAGGUGGCUAAUGAUGCUGUAAGUACUGAGAUUACUGCUGGCAAGGUCAACGUGUGGCCUAAAAACAAGUUAAUACCCACUAGUAAGCUGAUUGUGAAGUAUGCCAUCCUGAAUAGGAUUGGGUCUACAAACUGGGUAUCAACCAAGCAUGCCACAAAUGUUGCAACAGGUUUGGGUCGUUUUAUUUAUGUUGUAGGAACAAAAGUUGAUUAUAAUUAUGGUACCUAUAUUUUUGAUCAAACUGUUAAGCACAUUAGAUCCACUGCUGUUAAGAUGCCCAUAGCAUUUCCAUCUUUAUUAUGUGGGAUCAUUUUGGAUCAAUACCCUAACAUCAAGAUCAUUACUGAUACUGCUAAGAAAAGGGAAACUGCCUUCACCUUUCAUCACAAGUUGUUUGGAGACCAUAAUGUUGCAGACAUUGUUGGGACAUCUACUGGUGCAGCUAGUCUUAUGACUAGAAUGAAGAUCAUUGCUACUCUAAAGGUUCAAUGUUAG